CUCACGAGUCACGGUCGCCCGUUGAAAGAAAGGCGCAGGCACGCGCAUGCGGCUUUCGCCAAAGUUGGUUCUUGAUUUGUUUCUCCGCGUUUUUUUCUUUCGAGAAAAAGACACACGAUGCUAUAGAAAAAAUUAAUAAGCGUCUUUUGCAUAAGUGCGCUCCGUUAUGGUUAUAAACUACCGAGCUUUAGGCCGUACUUGAAAUGCAGGAAUUUCGUAGGAUUUCUGCGAGAUUUGCACCAAGUUUUGUAAAAUUCCUACGUUCCAAAUAGAGACUUAAAUAUGGGGAAAAAAUUAUGUUACUCGGGGGUAACAGUUUACCAGUUGGAGCCACGAAGUACCUAGACACGUCGUACGCAAGAAAAAAAUUGUUCACGCAAGUGAUCCCAUGUGACAGGAUGCAGUUGGUGAAAUAUGUGGCCUGACGCAGAUGCAGUCGUUCCUCCAGGCCUUCUUCCCGGACAUAGUCGAGAAGAUGAACAACGCGCAGCAGGACGAGUACUGCAUCUUCGACAGCCAGGUGCUCACCACCUUCGUCUCCUCGCUCUACCUCGCCGGCAUGUUCGCCUGCCUGGUCGCCGGCCACAUCACCAGGAAGAUUGGCCGGAGGAACUCCAUGCUCAUCGGCGCCUCGCUCUUCUUCGUCGGCGCCGUUCUCAACUGCACCGCCGUCAACAUUUUCAUGCUCAUCAUCGGCCGCAUCCUCCUCGGCUUCGCCGUCGGCUUCACCAACCAGUCCGCGCCGGUUUACCUGGCGGAGAUUGCGCCCGCGCGGUGGCGCGGGGCGUUCACGAGCAUCUUCCACUUCUUCCUCAACGUGGGCAUGUUCAUGGCCGACCUGGUCAACUACCGCGCCAAUACCAUCCCCGUAUGGGGCUGGCGCCUGUCCCUCGGCGUCGGCAUCGUCCCGGCCACCAUCAUCCUGCUCGGCGCGGCGUUCAUCCCGGACUCGCCCAACAGCUUGGUGCUGCGCGGGAAGGUGGACGAGGCCCGCGCCUCGCUGCGCCGCAUCCGCGGGCCGUCCGCCGAUGUUGACGUCGAGCUCAAAGACAUCACGCAGGCCGCGGAGGAGGACCAUCGGUACGAGUCCGGCGCGUUCCGACGCAUCGUCCGUCGCGAGUACCGCCCCCACCUUGUCAUGGCAAUCGCCAUCCCGGUGUUCUUCGAGCUGACGGGAAUGAUCGUGGUGACCAUCUUCACGCCGCUCCUCUUCUACACCGUCGGAUUCACGAGCCAGAAGGCCAUCCUGGGCUCCAUCAUCACCGACGUCGUCAGCCUCGUGUCCAUCGCCGUCGCCGCGAUGGCCGUCGACAGGGUCGGCCGUCGCUUCCUCUUCAUGGUGGGCGGCGGCAUCCUGCUGGUGUGCCUGGUGGGCAUGGCCUGGAUCUUCGGCGCGCGGCUGGGCACCGACGGCGGGAAGACGAUGCCGCGAUCGUACGCGGUGGCGGUGGUGGCGCUAGUGUGCCUGUUCACGGCCGGGUUCGGCGUGUCGUGGGGACCGCUCAAGUGGAUCAUCCCGAGCGAGAUCUACCCACUGGAGGUGAGGUCAGCGGGGCAGGGGAUGAGCGAGGCCAUCUCGCUCGCGCUCACCUUCGCGCAGACGCAGUCCUUCCUCAAGAUGCUCUGCAGCUUCAAGUACGGCGCGUUCGCGUACAACGCCGGAUGGGUCGUGCUUAUGACGGCUUUCAUCGCCUUCUUCCUGCCGGAGACCAAGGGCGUGCCCAUCGAGUCCCUCCGCGAGGUGUGGGCGCGCCACUGGUACUGGAAGCGCUUCGUCAAGCCGCCGCCGCCGCCGGCACCCGCCAAACAGGUGGAUGGGCCGGUUUGAAACUUAAUCGUGGUGGUAGUAGUAGUACUGGGCCGGUUGGUAGGUGAUACCUCUUGUUGCCAUUCGUGCCAACUGCCAAGGUGCGGCAGUAGCCAAGAUAUUAGGAGUUGGAUGCAUUAGAAUAUAUUUUUUAAAAGAAAAAACAGUAUAACUCAUAGACAUACACAUAUUCAUAUCAUCACAUGCACAUAUUCAUACAGUGCUUACUGAAGAUUGAAGACGCAGAGAUUAAAAAUUGAUGAACUAA